AUGACAAAAUUAAAAUUAGAUCGAUUCAAAUUACGUAAAAAGAAAUUUGAUGAAGAAUAUAUUGAAAUUAUGGAACAGAAUAAUAAUUCUACAAUAUCAUUGUAUGAUAAAGUUUAUAUGUUGAAGAAAAUAGAAAUAAAAUCAACUAGUAAAAGUUUAUUAACUAAUGAACAAUUAGAAAAAAUUAUUUUUAAUCGACCACAAUUAGAUUUAGAUCAAUGGCGUAAUUUUCUCCAAAAUAAACUUUUUUCUUUCAUUGAUAAAGAUUCAAAAUUAAAAGAUGCUUUUAAAAAAUUUCAAAAUUCAACAGAACAAUAUAGAAAAUUAUUAUUGAAAGAAAAAAUUUCAUUGAAUGAUACACAACAAGCUAUUGAAAGUCUUUUAAAUAAUAAUUCAUUAGAUGAAUAUCGAAAAAGACUUCGAAUAAAAAUGCAAUUAGAUGAAAAUACUAUUAAUGAAUUUGCAUCAUCAUUAAAUUUAAUAAUAUCUAAUUUAACUGAUUGGAAUUGA